CUCCUUCACCGUCCACUCGUAGCUUUGACUGGGCGGCCGCAGGUCUUAAGCCACCAACACAACCUGCUGGAACUUGGAAAUGUGGCACAUGUUUGGCUGGUAGCAACAGUGCCAGCCAGGAUAAAUGUGCCUGCUGCGAAACCCCACGCAGCUCUGCCAUUGCUGUUUAA